AUGUUCACGAAUUGGACGCGUUAUGCGAAGUUCGGCAAUGAUGUGGAUAGAACUCCUCCAACUCCAAGAAGGAAUUUGGCAUGUGCGAGUCCCUCGACCGCUCGCCGGUCAUCAACCUUAAAUUACGCUGAAUCCAUUAUUUUGAAUAAACCAAAGGGGCGGCGACUUGGUGAUGGCGUGAAAUUGAGUGGGACGAAUGAAUAUGACGAAACGAUCCGCAGACUCUCCUGGGACGCUGCGGAAAGCUUACUGGCGGCUGGUCCUAUGUCGGCGGACUUGACCAGAGUGCCGCCUCGGCCCAGGAUCCGCGGGCCGGCGACGUCGGCCGUGCCCGCGUACCAGCUGCUUCUGCCGCAGCGUUCCACACCGAUGGAUCAGCAGGAAGAUUCCAUUCACUUUCCGAAUGAGGAGGAGGCACCGCCAUACCCGACAUGGACGAUGUCGGUGGGGAUCCCGCAGCCCCGCCGAGGGAUGCCCGAUCGGAAGAAGUCCGAGUUCGUCUCGAGCCUGAUUCGGCAGCCCGAGAUGCCCGCCCGCCGACGGUAUUCGGACUACGAAGGACAGCGCGCAGACGGGAUGCUGAACGUGCCGGCGAUUAUGGUGGACCCGUAUUCGUCCUCCGCACGCGAGUUCAUUGCCAGUCGCCAGUUGCUCUUCCUCACGCGGAGGCGGCUGCGGUCGGCGACGCACGAGCCGCACGUCUGGAUCGUGAAUUACUAUGGCCGCGCAGCGGCCAAGGCGAUCCACUCGAAAAUCGUGCCCGGGGCGUCGGUGGCGUUGGCGGACACGGCGCUGUUGGCGCACCAGCACGCGCCUUCGCUUCCGACCAAACUAACGCGGCUAUUGGGGUAUUUGGAGGUGAAUGAUAACAUGCCGGUGGUGGAGCGGGCGAAGUUGCGUUUUGCGCGGCUUAUUGGUCGUGGCGGCACAUCAGCGGUCUACUCGGGUGGGUUGGAGGUGGGUGCGGAGACGGCUUUGCCGGUGGUCGCGAAGAUUUUGAACCCGAAGCAUUGGAAAUGUGCUUUGGCGGAGCUGGUGGCGUCGGCGGCCACUUGCCACCGUAUGACGGAGGGCGCCUGGAUCGUGACGGACCGUGCGCGGCGGUCGCGAGGCGAGUCGUCGCCGACGAGCGCGAGCAGCCACUCGGGCGGGGGCGGUUUGGACGAGAACUGUCCUUUUGUGCAGGGUGGGGUUUGGUUGAUGCCGACGGAAUUGCACCUGUUUUGGGAUGCGGACAGCCCGCAGCCGGGUCUGGCGGGGACGGCGGAGGGUUGGCGUGGUGAGUUAAAGAAGCGCUACGACCAGCCGAAGUUCGCGACGACCGAGUUGCCAGCGCUUUGUUGCCUGAUGCUGCGCAACUCGGAGGACGGUGUGCCGCUGCUGACUUGGCUGAACACGGUCUAUGUGAAGCGGCGCUGCAAGCCUUCGCACGAGAUGUGCGUGUACUUCGCGUACACGGUGAUCACGCUCGUGCGCCAACUGCACUCCUGCGGACUGGUGCACGGCGAUAUCAAGCCGGACAACUUCGUGUUGCUCUCGUCGGCGGCGCCUUUUUCGGGCAAGCGCAUCUUCGGCGACGUGCAAAUCCCGCACCCGUUGCUGGGCGACGCGCUUGUGUGCCCGGUCACGGUUGCAGGCAUCGAUUUCGGUCGCUCGCUCGACGUGAAGGAGGCGCUGCGCGACGUCGUCUUUGUCGGCGACACGCAGGUCUCCGACUUCCGCUGCCCCUCCAUGCUCGAGAGCCUCAGCUGGGAAACACAAAUCGACUUGACUGGACUCGCCGUCACCAUUUUCACUAUGGUCAGCCUCAAGUACCCCAAGAUCCGCAAAAAGAAACUCGACGCCGCCGCACCCGCUCCACUCAGCGUCGGCGACGCGCGCGGCAAAGUCAGCCACUCCUAUUGGUUCGGUUCGCGCGUCCGUGGAGACCUCAAACAAAACGAGUUCUGGCUCGGUGUCCUCGACCGCCUCAUCAACUUCGAUCCUUUCCACACCUCCGACGGACACACGCUCCUCGACUCUUGCCUCCUCCUCCGCCAACUCGAAAAGGAACUCCUUGGCCUCUUCGAAAACCACCGCCUGGACAUCGGCGCCAGCUACGACGUGCUCUACGCCGAACUCCAGGACAUGAAAGACUUCAUCGUCGACUACCAAAAACGCGGCGGAACCUCGGCCGUCAUGAUCUAG